AUGCGUGAUUUUAGAUAUGUUAUGCGUGAUUUAACGGGCUAUUACAUCAGCGGCAUUUUUCAGCAACGGUCUAUUCUGGUGAAGAAGUUCCAUUUUUUUGGUAACUGCCAAUUGGCGUCCUAUGCUGUCAACGACAUAGUAGUCACGGUGCUGAUGAACCACUACAAAAAUGUUUUGAAGGUCUUGGGUUGCUGCUUAGAUUUGGAAAUUCCUGCUAUUAUCUACGAAGUCGGGAUCAAUUAUGGACUUCUGUAUGACCUUCUUUAUAUAAAGAAAGAAAGGGAUAAUAUUGGUAGAUCACUCUCUUGGAGUAAUCGACUAAAAAUUGCAAGAGACGUUGCAAAUGCUCUUGUUUAUCUUCAUACUGCAUUUCCCACGCCUAUCAUCCAUAGAGAUCUAACCACAAAAAGCAUUGUCAUAGACAAUAAUGGUGUUGCUAAGCUUGUCGAUUUCUCACUCUUCGUAGCAUUGCCUCCCGGAGAAUCACAGGUGGAAGUAGAAAUUGUUGGGAUGUUUGGACAUUUUGAACCUGACUACAUUACAACAGGCAUUAUCACAGAAAAGAGUGAUGUCUACAUGUUUGGAAUUAUUCUCCUUCAACUCUUAACUGCUCUUGACACUUGGUAUCAACAUCCUGAAGGACCUGAAAAUUUAGUGGGGUAUGUACAAAACCACGUUGACAAGAAUGAGUUCGACCUUGAUAUUGUAAUUGUGAAUAUAGAUGUAAAGAGAUGGUUGGCGGAAUUGCGAGGAAAGGACAUGCCGGAAUCAUUUUCUUGGUCAUACAAGAGGAGGUAUAGGACAGGUUACAUAUGGCAAGAUUUGCUGGACGAUGAUCUCAUUACUCCAAUUUCGGACAAUGAAUAUGUUCUCAAAGGAUCAGAGAUUUCGUCUCCCACUCUUAAAUUUGAUAAAGACCAUUCAUACACUCAAAAAGUUUCCGUGCAAAAAGAACCAUUAUCCCCUGAAGAAAUAAAAGGCCACAAGCCCUCUUGCAUUCAAAUUCAUUCGGAAACUUCAACGGGUGUUUCAACAAAAACACCAUCAGAAAUCGAAGAAGAAUCGCCUACUUUUGGCUCCGAAACAUCUACAUUGACCGAUGAUUCGGGAAACAUCGAACGUGAUCUGGAGAAAAAAUCAGACACUUUGAAACAAGUAGACAUGCAUGGUAGUACUGAUCAAGAACAAAAACUUCCCUACAAAGAAAUAAGAAAUGAGAAUCGUCCAUCUUCUUAUGUGAAUCCAACUCCAUCGAGUGAGGACAAGACGACGACGAACAGCAAAGUUCCAAUGGAGAAAAAUAGUGCACUAACUUCACCAGAGGCUUCAUUCACAAAGAACAAGAGCUGUUCCAAUGGAAAAUCCAACAUAUUCAAGAAUUUGAUAUCAUGUGGUGCUGUGGAUUCUAAUGAUUCAGCAGUUGUGAAGAUCAAUCGAAAGAAUAAACCAUUCUUGAAUAUGUGUUCUAGUGAUCAGAAUAAUGUUCUUUCGGCAGAAAUUUGCAAAAGGGAUAAACUAGGAGGCUCUCAGACGAUCUUUGGGACUUCAUGGAAUCAACAACAGUGCAAUGGCAGAAAGAGCUGCGAUGGGGUGAAGGAUUCAAGAAAGCAAUGUGGGAAGUCAUUCAAGCCUGAGAAACUACAUUCACAUAUGAAAUCCUGCAGGGGAAUGAAAGCCUUGGCCAAGGGAGCUUCUAAUCCUUCACUUUCUGCAUCUAUAGUUCAGACGACAUCGCAAAGACUGUCAUCAAAGGAAUCCCAAAACAAGGAUUCAGUUUCUGGAUACUACAUUAGUACUUAA